AUGGAUACCAUAGUGAAAGGAUGGCCAGAUAAAAGAAGUGAUGUUCCCCCCAGUAUCACUCCCUAUUUUGACUACCGAGAUGAGCUUACAGUGCAAGAUGGUAUAGUUCUAAGAGGAGAACGAGUAAUAAUACCCGUUUCCAUGCGGAAAGACUUGAAAGACAAAGUUCAUGCAGGAUAUUUUGACAUCAACUCCUGUCUUCGCAGAGCUAGAGAACUAAUUUUCUGGCCAAGAAUGUCUUCAGAGAUAAAACAUUAUAUCGAAUCUUGUGACAUAUGUGCGUCUCACAGCAGAAAACAGUCCACUGAACCCUUACAUAUGCAUGAAGUGCCAAAUCGACCAUGGGAAAAAGUAGGAACUGACAUUUUCACAAUUAGAGGAAGAAACUAUCUAAUAACAGUCGACUAUUUCAGUCAAUUCUUCGAAGUUGACUACCUCUCAGACACCACAUCAGAAACGGUGGUUCAUAAGCUAAAACACCACUUUGCUCGACCGGAAUUCCAGACAUAG